AUGACCAACUCGUCAGAAGCCUCACAGCCGGCCCCGGCUUCCACUCCGUCACUGCUACCGGAAGAGCCGGCGCUUCCGAAGGGCUACACCCUCCACUCCGGCUACCCGCCCGUCCCGGACUACCUACACCUGCGCGCCGCGGCCGGCUUGUCGCCCAAAACACCCGCCCAAGCCGCUCCCGUCGCGCGCAACAGCUGGUACGGCUGCUACGUCACCUACACGCCGCCAGACAGCCCAGACAGCGAAACCACCGCCUCCGCCUCCCCCGCCAGCAACAGCAGCAGCAGCUCCCCGACCAUCGUGGCGAUGGGCCGCAUCAUCGCCGACGGCGGCUGGUACUUCCACGUGACCGACAUGGCGGUGCUGCCGGCGCACCAGCGCCGGGGGCUCGGCGGCGCCGUGCUGAGGCACCUGCUGGCGCGCAUCAGGACGCACGCGCCGCGGGGCGAGGGCGGCGUCGGCGGCGCCUAUGUCACGCUGUUUGCGGACGCGCCGGGCCGCCGGCUGUACGCGCGCAACGGGUUCGUCGAGACCGCGCCCGGCCAGGUCGGGAUGAUGAUGCCUAUGGGGUGGGAGGGGCGGUGA